UAUGUUGCGUAUAUAUAACAUACAAUAAAAACGAUAUUUUUCGAUAAUGGGACUAGAAAGACUAUACGGGAAUGACCAAUACCGAAAGAAAAAAUAAAAUAAGAAUAAAUAAAUUUAUAACUAAAGAAUCAUACAGCAGAAGGCAAUUGAAAAGCGCAACGGCGAGCGUCACUCAAUAACGUCACGUCACGUCACUUCCUUUCUUUUGUUUAUUUAUCCUUUUAUGCAUAAUAAAUGCUGCUUAAGAACGCUGAAAGUUACUAUGGCUAAUUUAGAUUAGCGUUUUAUCAAAACGUUUCUAUAAUUUUAAGAUAAAAUUAUCCAUCAUAAAACUGUCUUUGAAAUAUAGUUUAAAACAAAAAUUAUAUUAUAUGUUCAAAAGGUGGAAAUUGCGACUUGAAAGAAGAAGUUAAAGAUCCCUAUGAUUGGGUGCCAAGUGGGCAUCAGACGAAACCUGAUAUUAACAUAAUGGAACCAACUAUGGUCAAUCCAUGUUCAUAUGAUUCUGUAACAAAUGUUUUGAAGGUAUAAUGAUUAAUUUCAAUUUAACCUUUAAAUGAAAAUAAUUCAUUCUUUGAUGGAAUGCAUUUCAUCAUUAUCAUUUACGUUUAGCUAAUUAUAAUUAUGACAUUUUUUGUUUUUUAUGUAACCAUAUUGUUGUAUUAUGGGUAUAUUAAUUAAUAUGUACACAGAGCGUGCACUUGUAAUAUAUAACACAGCCACGUGUUACUAGUUAUAUGUUUAAUGACCACUGGAUGUUCCAAGUAUAUAAUUGGCGGGAAAAUAAUGGACAUGCGCAUUACAGUAUAAUAUAUUAUUAAGAUUAAACAUAUAUGUAUACAAUAUACAACACAUAUUAUGCAAAACUUCCAUUUACAUCUUAAUGAAUCAUAUUUACAAAUAAAAGUUAUUCAUUGAAGUUAUUGUUAUAGAAUAUUUUUUGAUUUACAUGAAUUAUAUAUGUAAAUAUAAAACGAUACUGUAAUUAAAAAUAAAUAAAGAGAUAUAUGAAGUUGACUUCCUUUAUAAGAUUGUCAAUAUCAUUGUUGAAUAAUGCAUUAUUAUAAAGCAUGUAAAGUAAAAAUCGAUUUUUUUAAACAUACCUUGUCCUUGGAAUUUCAGCAUGUGAAAGAUCAGGUAGGCGUCGGUGAGAAAAGGCAGUGGUCAUGUGUUGGAUGCGACGGACUUCCUUACAUUCUCGGAAGCAGGAUAAUUGAUCGAAAUAAUGAUUUGAAGGACUUACUUCUUAUUCCUGGUUAUGGUCACCUUGAAAUGAAUGUCGUUAAGAGUUGCUUUAAACUGCUCUGGGAUAUAUCCUUGCAAGACCUGGCACAGAUGCUAGGUUUUCGAACGCCACGAGCCCUUGUCUGUUGUCAGAAUUGCACAGAUCAUCAUAAGGCAUGGAUGAUGUUAAAAAUAUUUCUGUUUGGUACAAUCGAUGAACUUCUAUAUACUUAUGUGUCUUUCAUAAGAAUAGAAAAACAAACACCCACUGUAGAUGGUUUAUAUGCUUACAAAGCUCAAAGUGAAGAUAAAAACUAUAGAUUUAUGUGUGACGUUUUACUUAAUUAUGUUUUAGCUGUGUUUGUAUUUAGAUGUGGAGUACGUAGAAAUAAUUAUAGGUAUAUAAUGGCUGGGAAGUGCAAAUUCAUGAAAUUAUUUUACGGAUUUAAUCAAACUUAUUAUCAGGAAAUUAUGUUCAGAGAUUUAAAAGCAAGGGUUUUUGCACCUGAAGAAGUUAAACAAUUCUUGGAAAACACAGAAUCCUUCUCUAUAUCGGGGGAUCAUAGCAAGGGAGAGGGUGGUGAUUUUGUGUUGGAAGCGGUGAAUGGGCGAGCAAAACGGUGGCUUCCACCCGGCAUUCCAACGCAGAAUCAUUGGUUAAAAGUUUGCCGAAAUUUAGAUUCAUUGCAAAAGAUUAAAGAUAACACUUUUAAUCAACUUGAUUUGAAACAACCAACUCCAAAAAUGUAUCAGCGAGAUAUAACCACUGAAGUAUUAGAAUGGCGAUGCAAAAUAAGAAAAAGUGGAUAUCUAGGCAAUAAGGAAACAAAUAAAGAACAUUGUUCCAUUUCUGGUACGUAUGCAGAUCACGAGCUGUUUUUGUUUGAGUCAAAAUGUUCUUCAAAUAUGAACAUAUAUUUAGAUGGAAUAGAGAACGGAAAAGAGCCCGGCAAAGGUAUCAAUAUCAUACCUGUUUUUACGACGUUGUUACACCGCCAAAAAUUUAAUGACGUAGAAAAAAAAUCGAAGCAGCAAAUUGCUACAAUAAUUGAAGACGCAAUUAAAUCUAUCCAUAAUAAUGGCCACACAGAUGCUGCAUUUGUACUUGAACAACGUUGGAAAAAAAUCAAAGUGAAAACUAAGAAAGAUAUGCUUGGAUUUUAUAAAGAAGUUAUACAGGCCCUAGAAAAUGCAACCGCUGACGAAAUAGACGACGAACAGUCAGAUGAUGAUAGAGAAUAAAGUUAUUGUAGAACAUGCGGGAACACCCUGUACUAAUUAAUGAAAAACAAUUAAAUUCGUUUGAUUGCGAUCUUUGAUCUUAAAAAUUUCACCGGAAGUGGACACAACAACAAGUGACAGAGUUUUGCUCCAAAAAUCGUUGUGAAGCAGUGUCUAAUUAUAGUUGAAAACAGCAAUAUUGGUGGUAAUUUUCAAAAUUGUCAGUUUUUACCCCAAAUUUUCUAUAAAAAGUGGAGUCUGAAUUGUAUUGAUAUUUCUUGUUUCGCUUGAAGUAGUGAAAGUGUAAGUUGCAUACAUUCCGUCUACGUGCGAUAUUUCGGAUAAGUAUGUAAAAAUGACCGUUUUACACGUUUUCAUUCAUUGUCAUAUAGCCAGAACGAGCUAAAAUAGCCUGUUUGAGCUAUAUAGCUCGAUCGGGAGAGUUCCCCAGCCUGUAUA